GAAAAGGAUCGGCAACUUUACAUACAGAAUAUUUAUGCAAAUCGGAUGCCAAAAGCCCUGAGGGACAGAAGUGAUUGGCUUCCUAAUGACCAAAGUCUGAGAGCAGACAGAUCAGUACAAGUAGAUAAAGAGAGUUUUAGAGAACUGCUGCUGUCUCAGCACCAGGAUACAGAGAAAAAUCCAAUGCAGCUAAAAAAGGAGAAAAGAGGAGAUAAGGGUGGAGAAGGUAAAGCAAGAGAAGUGUGCUCAGAUGCCUGGGGUAGAAAAGAAAAAGAAGAAACCAAGGAAGUACCAACACCAGAAACUUCUAACAGGACACACAGAGGGGGCAAACUACUGAUGGAAAAAGGCAAUUUUUCAGAAUUUAUUAAAGAAAUGGAAAAAGAGACAGAGUUUCUUAAACAGAAGUUGAAAAGUCUGAUGAAAUCUGAACAAAAUCCUCAAAGAGACGGAGCAAAGGAGAACAAUCAAGAGGGAGAGGCAGUGGAAGAAGUUGAAAAAGAAGAGAAGAAACCGUAUGAGCAGCAAAAGAAGAAAGCCAGGAGUGAAGGAGCAAUUCCAAGCAAAGACUUUGCUAGGCUGAAAAAAAUCUACCUCUCCUCAGAAGGUGUUGAGAGUUUGCAUCAGGGGCUCCACACCUCAGGUGCCAAAUGCAAAGCAGGCAGCCAGAGCCAGGCAGGCCAGAGCUGCAGGGACACUGCUGAGUCCAGGGGGAAAAUCUCCUUUGGGGCUUAUGAGCCUUCUUUUGGGCAAAUCCCCCUGGCCAGGCAGGGUGGCAGAUGUGGAGUGGAAGAAAGAGCUGAGGAAGGAGGUUUUUGGGGAGGGCUGUUUGCAAGGAGACGGCCCCACGAGUUCCAGCAGCAGCAGGGUGAAGGCAGGCAAGUGAGGGGUGAGAGGCAAAUCCCAAACUCCAGGAGAGGGUUCAGCUCUCCUCGUUAAAACCAGCUCCAGAGAAUGUACAAUGAUUUCUGGUAGUUAAGUAUAUCAGCUUACCUUUAGAAAGUUUAUACAUUCAGAUUGUUAAAAAAACAAACGUUUUACUGAAAUUUUUAUUAAAUCUUACAAGCACUGGCUCCAUGAUUUUUUCCAAAACAAUCCAAUCGUCACAAAAAAACCAUUCUGUGCUCGGUGUGUAUUCACAAAAAUGUGUUGUAUUGAGAAUUCCUUAUUGUUUUCACCUGUUACCAGGAAAAAGUUAGUCCAUGUUUAGGAACUUCCAGGUUUUUGCAUUCCCAAGGAGCUGGAAUUUGGAAGCUGGGUUGUUGUCAGCUCCCUGACACGAGAACCUGCUUUUGUAAGGUUCACUGCUGGGUGAGGACCAACAAUGCAAUAAAAAACCCACUUUUUUAGUUCCUUCACUCCCCAAACAGCUUCCAGAAGUCAGAGAUAAUAAAAAUAAUUUGCUCCUACACUGUUUUCACAAGCAUUAGAAACCUCUAAAGCCUCAUUCUUUCCCACUGUUGGAACUUAUCAAAGCCGUUUGCCUGGUAACUUCCCCAGCUGACAUCCAGAGAUGAAUGUGCAAGAGGAAAGCAUUGUUUUGGAGAAGUCAGGCAUAGCCAGUCCCCAAAAAGCCUCUAAAAAUCCUUGUUUAAGGUUAUGUAAGCGAGGGGAGGAGGAUUGUGUUUUGUUCCUCACAGUAAUUCAUUUAAUACUUGCUAAAUUCAUGUGAAGUUUGGAAAAAUUAGAGGCAUUCUGUUAAUUUUUAAAGGCAGUAGCAGUUUUAAAAAUGUCAGAAAUUACACCACAAAAGCUUUUAAAGAUGACAAAGACAUUCAGACCUGAACCUGCUUGCAACAACAUUUCAAAGGUUUAGAAAAAUAGUUAAAAAAAUAAAUGAGUCCAGUUGAUUCAAACAGUAUUUUCUUAUGCACAAACACAGGGGGGGUGUUGUUUUGGCUUGGAUUUUGGUGCCUUUGGGGUUGGAUUUUGCCAUUUUGGCUUUGUUUGUU